UGAAGAGACUGUCGUUGAUGACGCUGGGCCUAGUGACGCUGUGUGUACUGGUCAGCUUGUGCAGUGGUCAGACCGACCCCUGUCGGAGCUACAAGACACUACAGCAUGACAAACGAGUGUACACUUACGUCCUGUCUGAGACGGAACAGGCCGAGUGCGACCACUACCUGCCGGACGGAAACGAUUGGUAUCGGCUUGACGGGACGGGAGCAGGGGAUCUCUACUCUCAUUGCCCCAGAUCUCUGCAUGUGGGACGCUCUUCCCCAUUUGGAUGAAUGGUUCCAUCCCGACCCCCUCUGAGGGAAUAGUGAGCCGAACGGCCUUCCAGAGGGGGAUAAUCGGGUGCAACGAGACCCAACUCCAAGUGAGGGUGAAGAACUGUGGCGCCUUCAGAGUGUACUUCCUCAACAAGCUUAGCGGCUGCCCCGGGAAGUACUGUUUCGACUACGUUGAGAAAUGCCCCCCCAGGACAGAGCUCCCCAACGGGGUACCAGCCAUGCACACCCUCGAUUCCAAUGUCGGCAAGCGUAAAAGCGGAAGUGCGGCCAUGGGUGAAAUCCCACAAACUGACAGACGUCAGCGGCCGGAAACUACAUUUCAACUGCACCCGCCUGCACGACACAGCAACGACGUAUCUGUACGACGUGGACUGGUACAUUGACAACCGUCUGCGCAAGAGUUACCGCAAUGUUCCGAGUUCUCAGUACUACCAGACGACUGCUCUGAUCCAGGAAGCUAGCUGGCGACUCCCAAUGACGGUGAAGUGCUCGUUUAAAGCUAAAACAACACCAACCGGAAAAUUCAGCAAGACCUUCACCAGUGCAGACUUUUUUGCUGGAAUAAAAAUAAGCAAUCCCGUCAACACUAUACCGGAAGGAAGCUCAGCCUCCGUGACCUUCACCUCCACAAUUCCCGUUCCUUGUGUCACCGACGUGCCAGUCGACUGCAUCAUCAACUUCGAGACCACCAUCUCCUCCACCAACUUCACGUGCACGAGGGUGUCCGGUUCGACCAGUGUGAACGUCCCUGGCGUGUGUGGCUUCAGCUUCGACGGUAGACGAUGGAACAGCCCCCAGUCCAUGAGGAUCAUGGCGAUCACUAACGGCCUGAACAGGAACCCCACGGCUCCGGCCGUCCUCCGACUUCAGUCCUCUGACUACAGCAGGAUCCUGCCCCUAUGGUCAGACUACAGGCUGCCCGAGAUACAGGCAAAAGUGGCAGACAGGAACCGAAACGUUGUCAGGAAUGUGUGCAGAGCUCACACCGACGUCCAAAUCAACACAUUCGAUGGAGGAUAUUACGAGACUGGAGCCGUGGGUGUAUAUACACUGUACCGCCACCUAUACAAACCCCUGUCGGUAAUGACCAAGACACAAACUUGCAGAUACGGUACUUGUAGUUGUGCAAUCGCCAUCCACGCCGGCAAAGACAUGUUUAUGGUUUACGCAUGUAUGAAUCAGUGGAUCGUCAAGAGAGACGGAUGCAACACUAACAGCUACCUCGAGGUGUCUCAGCUGAAUUCGGGAAAAAGAUAUCAGGUUGUUAUGCCGACUGGAACGAAAGUCGAGUUCUCCUACACCUCCCUGAACCUCCUUGACAUCCAGAUCUUCGCCUCCCCAGCAGACAUCGGCAACACGGAAGGCCUGUGUGGGAACUUCAACGGUAGACGGCAAGACGACAACUCAACUCUGGCUACGCUAUUCCUCCAUAGUAACGUUGGGGGUAGUACUGCGUUCAUCCAGGCAGCCCGGGGGGUCGCGGACCCUCCCCCCUACCUGUGUCUCUGCGCCAGAAAUAACAGGAUUCCUGGGACAGCUGCCUUCGUGAACAACGUCACCUGCGACUGGAGGGAAUCCUUCCACUGCUCCAACAUCGAGUGGACGGCCAAACCGUGCGAUCAUCGUCAUCGUCGCGACCUGCAUCUAAUGGAGGAACACGAACCCAGUGAUGACGUUGUUGUAGACGCCCCUCCCGUCAAGCGCGUGGCACGAAGCACCUGGACAACGGCUUCCGCACGUGCCAAAUGUCUGGAGAUAUUCCGUCAAUUCCGCUCUUUCAACAAGUGUGUGGAGUUACCUGACGUUACAAUUGACCUCGUCCUCGACGACUGUGCUGCCGACGUCGUGCUGACCGGGACCACAGACUGGGUGCCGAUCGCUCUGGAACUGAUCAAGGGACAGUGCAUCAACGUCCUCGACGUCGACACGGAGGUGUGGGAGAAGACGCAGCCGGGGACGACGAUGUCAGUGGGAGACGCUAUCCUUCAAGAAGCCAAAUGUCCAAAUGAAUGCAGUGGAAACGGGCACUGUGUGAAAGGUGUUUGCACGUGCAACUCUGGGUUCGUGGAAGAUGACUGUGCAGUCAACUUGAACGUACCACCACGUGUCACGAGACUGUCACGUGACGGGCUGUGUGACGUCGCCAACAGCACGUGUCUCGCCACCUACGUAUACGGAGACAACUUCUACAACUCCACCGGCCUGAAGUGCCGCAUCACUGAGAUCCUGGUGAGCGAGAAGGUCGUCCAGGUGGACGCGAGGGCAAUCGACGUAGCUGCAGAAUUUGAAAACUUCAAACAGGUGAAGUGCGACUUCCCGGCGGCGACGAACAUGGCGUCCACCCUUUUUGCUCUCGGUCUCCAUGGUUACCACGUGGCCGUCACUAACAACGGCAAAUCUUACAGCAGCAACUUCACCUUCGUGGCCCACGACUCCCGGUGCCAUCAUUGCAACGUCACCACAGAGACCUGUACUCUCAAGACGGGCACCUGCUACAUCGACGGCGCGUGCUACACCGCGGGGACGGAGAAACAAGGCGACUCCAAGAAGCAUUGCAAGCCAGACGUCGGCACGUUUACCUGGACACAGAAGAUAGAGCUGACAAACGGUAUCCGGCUGAGCGGGGGGUUGUCUCACUUGGAGGGUAGGGUCGAGAUCUUGCAUGACAACCAAUGGGGCACCAUCUGUGACGACACAUGGGACGACAACGCCGCCAGGGUGGUAUGCAGGAUGUUGGGAUACGACGACAGCCCCGGGAAGUCGACUCCCAUUAAAGCCUUUGGGGGCGGUACUGGCCCAAUCUGGAUCGACGACCCCAGCUGUAACGGCACUGAGAGCAACAUCGCCAUCUGCCCACGAUACUUUGGCGUCGUCCACUGGGGCAGCCACAACUGCAAGCACGAUGAGGACGCCGGCGUCAGAUGCACCCCCAAGACUGGCGGGACGGCUAUAAAUUGGCUGAUGUAGUACUCUCCACGAGUUCACAUGGAUAGACUGGACUGAUGUAA